CGAUAAUGCUGCUGACGAUAUGAUUGCUAGAUCUAAUUGCCAUUACAUAGAAAGUAUAGAUGUUAGUGACGAAGAGGACAUAAAUGAGGAGGAGGAUAUAAAUGAGUUGGAGGAUAUAAAUGAAAAGGAGAUUAAUGAAGAGGAUGAAGGGGGUAUUAACGAAGAGGAUGAAGUGGAUAUUAACGAAGAGGAUGAAAUGGAUAUUAAUGAAGAGGAUGAAGGUGAUAUUAACGAAGAGGAUGAAGGGGAUAUUAAUGAAGAGGAGAAUGAGGAUAUUAAUGGAGAGACAUCUAAA